AUGGGACCAAAUGUGAAAUUCAUGGUCCCGCCGGCCAGUCUAGUGACUACUGCUGCGGCCGUAAGAGAAGCAGAAGAAGAAGAAGAAGAAGAUAUGACAAUGAAAGCAGUGCUUCUGCAGUUCAUCAACACUGCUGUCUCUGUGUUCAAUCAAGCUUUCUUGACAGUCACAGAGACUGCAGCUGCAUCAUAA